AUGCGUGCCGUCCAAGUCAAAGAAUACGUCAAGGGCCCCAGUGACCUCACCGUCACAGAAGUCCCCACCCCCGGCCCAUCCCCAGACAAAUACCUGAUUCAAAUCCACUCCGCCGGCACAAACUUCUUCGACAUCCUCCAGAUCCAAGGCAAAUACCAACACCAACCCCCUCUCCCCUGGAUCGGCGGUGCCGAAUUCGCCGGAACCAUUCUCGCCCUCCCGACGCAACCCCGCUCCUCCUCCGCGAAACCUCGUUUCCGCGUCGGCGAUCGCGUCUUCGGCGCUACCCAAGGCGCUUACGCAACUCACAUUCUUGCUCCGGAAAACGCCCUCCUCCCUGUCCCGCAGGGCUGGAGCUUCGAAGACGCGGCGGGCCUGUUCGUUACCGCGCCCACUUCCUACGGGGGCCUGGUGCACAGGGCGGGCGUGAAAGCCGGCGACUGGGUGCUGGUGCACGCGGCGGCGGGCGGCGUCGGACUGGCGGCGGUGCAGAUUGCCAAGGCGAAGGGGGCGACGGUGAUUGCGACGGCGGGGACGGCGCGAAAGCGCGAGAUUGCCAGGGAGUUCGGGGCGGACUAUGUGAUUGAUUAUACGGAUGCGAAGAAGUGGCCGGAGCAAGUGAAGGAGUUGUGUGCGCAGCAUCGGCAGGGGAAUGGCAAGGCCGGUGUGGACAUCGUGUAUGAUCCUGUGGGCAUGAUCGAGGCCAGUUUGAAGUGUGUGGCGUGGAAUGCGCGAUUGUUGGUGAUUGGGUUUGCGGCGGGCAAGAUUGAGAAAGUGGCGUUGAAUCGGGUGCUGUUGAAGAAUGUGAGUCUGGUGGGAUUGCACUGGGGUCAGUAUGCGAAGUUUGAGACGGAGACGGUGGGUGAGGUGUGGAAGGGGAUCUUUGAUCUGGUGGCGCAGGGCAAGUUUAGGGGCACGGCGUUCAAGGAUGAGAGCUUUGUCGGGUUGGAGAGCGUGUCCAAGGCGUUGCAGGCGUUGGGAGGACGAGAGACGUGGGGGAAGGUGGUGGUGAAUGUGACGACGGGGGAUGAGCAAGCCAAGCAGAGCAAGUUGUAG